CGGGCGCGGGAAUAAAUAUGGCUCGAGCUGGGGCGCAGACAGCAGCAGCAGCAGCUCUGCCGCGAUGGGCCCCACCGCCUGUGUUCUAGUGCUCGCCCUGGCUGCCAUGCGCGCGACGGGACAGGGCCAGAUUCCUCUGGGUGGAGACCUGGCCCCACAGAUGCUGCGGGAACUUCAGGAGACCAACGCGGCGCUGCAGGACGUGCGGGAGCUGUUGCGACAGCAGGUCAAGGAGAUCACGUUCUUGAAGAAUACGGUGAUGGAGUGUGACGCGUGCGGGAUGCAGCCCGCGCGCACUCCCGGCCUGAGCGUGCGGCCAGUUCCGCUCUGCGCACCCGGCUCCUGCUUCCCCGGCGUGGUCUGCACGGAGACGGCGAACGGCGCGCGCUGCGGCCCCUGCCCUCCCGGCUACACCGGCAACGGCUCGCACUGCACCGACGUUAAUGAGUGCAACGCUCACCCCUGCUUCCCGCGUGUGCGGUGCGUCAACACCAGCCCCGGCUUUCGCUGCGAAGCCUGUCCACCUGGGUACAGCGGCCCCACCCAUGAGGGCGUGGGGCUAGCCUUCGCUAAGGCCAACAAACAGGUUUGCACGGAUAUUAACGAGUGUGAGACCGGGCAGCACAAUUGCGUCCCAAACUCCGUGUGCGUCAACACCCGGGGCUCCUUUCAGUGCGGCCCCUGCCAGCCGGGCUUCGUGGGUGACCAGGCAUCAGGCUGCCGGCGGCGUGGGCAGCGUUUCUGCCCCGACGGGUCACCCAGCCCGUGCCAUGAGAAAGCGGACUGCAUCCUGGAGCGCGACGGCUCGCGGUCGUGCGUGUGUGCCGUCGGCUGGGCCGGCAACGGGCUCCUAUGCGGCCGCGACACGGACCUGGACGGUUUCCCGGACGAGAAGCUGCGAUGCUCAGAGCGCCAGUGCCGAAAGGAUAACUGCGUGACGGUGCCCAACUCGGGGCAGGAGGAUGUGGACCGCGACGGCAUCGGAGACGCGUGCGACCCGGACGCGGACGGGGAUGGGAUCCCCAACGAGCAGGACAACUGCCCAUUGGUUCGAAACCCAGACCAGCGCAACUCGGACAGCGAUAAGUGGGGAGAUGCCUGUGACAACUGCCGGUCCCAGAAGAAUGAUGACCAGAAAGACACAGACCGGGAUGGCCAGGGCGAUGCCUGCGAUGACGACAUUGAUGGCGACCGGAUAAGAAAUGUAGCUGACAACUGUCCCAAGGUGCCGAACUCUGACCAGAGCGACAGGGAUGGUGAUGGUGUUGGGGAUGCCUGUGACAACUGCCCCCAGAAAGACAACCCAGACCAGAGGGAUGUGGAUCACGACUUUGUGGGUGAUGCCUGUGACAGCGACCAAGACCAGGAUGGUGACGGACACCAGGACUCCCGGGACAACUGCCCCACAGUGCCCAACAGUGCCCAGCAGGACUCGGACCAUGAUAGCAAGGGCGAUGCUUGUGACGAUGAUGACGACAAUGAUGGAGUCCCUGACAACCUAGACAACUGCCGCCUGGUACCCAACUUGGGCCAGGAGGACAAUGACAGGGAUGGCGUGGGUGACGCGUGUCAGGAUGACUUCGACGCUGACAAGGUCGUAGACAAGAUCGACGUGUGCCCUGAGAACGCGGAGGUUACCCUCACCGACUUCAGGGCCUUCCAGACAGUGGUCCUGGACCCCGAGGGUGAUGCGCAGAUCGAUCCCAACUGGGUGGUGCUCAACCAGGGAAUGGAGAUCGUGCAGACCAUGAACAGCGACCCUGGCCUAGCUGUGGGUUACACGGCCUUCAAUGGCGUAGACUUUGAGGGCACAUUCCAUGUGAACACUGUCACUGAUGAUGACUACGCUGGUUUCAUCUUCGGCUACCAAGACAGCUCGAGUUUCUACGUGGUCAUGUGGAAACAGAUGGAGCAGACCUAUUGGCAAGCCAACCCCUUCCGGGCGGUGGCUGAGCCGGGAAUCCAACUCAAGGCUGUCAAGUCCUCUACAGGUCCUGGGGAACAGCUCCGGAAUGCACUGUGGCACACGGGAGACACGGCGUCCCAGGUGCGGCUGCUUUGGAAGGACCCUCGAAACGUGGGCUGGAAAGAUAAGACGUCCUACCGCUGGUUCCUGCAGCACCGGCCUCAAGUUGGCUACAUCAGGGUACGGUUCUAUGAGGGUCCCGAGCUAGUGGCUGACAGCAACGUGCUGCUGGACACAGCCAUGCGUGGUGGCCGCCUGGGUGUCUUCUGCUUCUCCCAAGAGAACAUCAUCUGGGCUAACCUGCGCUACCGCUGCAAUGACACAAUUCCCGAGGAUUACGAGAGUCACCGGCUGCGGAGGGCCUAGGGACCGCAAGUGAGGUACCACUGGCCGACGGUCUGUGGUAGCCUGAGCUACAGGUGUCUGCGGGCCUGGCAUCGUCCGGAGGGGAAAGGCUAAUAAAGUAUGAAUGUGGGGGA